GCUAGCACAAAGUCCAACCUCCAAAUCUCAAAGGCACGCCAUAGAGGGAACUGUGUAAUCUCAGAUUAGGAACUGUGAUGCUACAGUACAGAGGGGGGUGCAGUCUGUGCCAAACAAGACACGUCAUUCAACAUACACUGUAUAUCUACACGGAAGCGAUACCUUGCUAUGCCUCAGAGAAGUGUUUAAUGCUACAGGAUUUGGAAAAGCAUGAUGAAUCCCCGCUACUGCAGUCAAGACCUGAUCCGGUGUGACCUCUGUGAGACUGCUAUGGUACAAAUGUAUUGUGAUUUCUGUAAUGUCAAACUUUGCAUUACAUGUAUCGGACAGCACAUUUCUGAUGCAUAUGACAAACAUAAAGUCGUGCCAUUCAAACAACGUAUGUCAACCCUAAUAUAUCCAAAGUGCGCAGUUCAUGAAAAUAAGAGAAACAAGUUUCAAUGCUUAGAAUGUGAUAUGUGGGUGUGCUCAAUGUGCAUUUCUUCUGAAACUCACAAAUGGCAUGCCUUUAAAGAUCUCUCCGCAAUCAACAAGUCUAAAAAGGAGUCAAUUCGAAGAGAAGCAGAUGAGUUAAAUGAUAUUUUAUCUCCAACGUAUGAGGACAUCGUCUCUGACAUACAGUCACAAAUAGCAAAUUUAGAUGUUGAAUACGAAAAUCUUUCAGUUUCAAUAAUGCAACGUGGAGAGGAGUGGCACAAGGAGGUCGAUACUGUCAUCAACGAAAUGAAACACGAAAUCGACGAGAUGAAAGACAAACAUCUCGAUAUUUUGAAGAAGCAUUUAGAAGAAAUAAUUCAGAUACAAUCUUUGGUUCGAGAAUCACUCCUUACUCUGAAUAAGAUUGAGAAAUCGAAUGAUGUUUCUGUGACCUUGGCAUACAAUUCCAAUAGUAAGGAACUCCGAAACCUUCCACCCAAAAUUCAAAUUUUACGUCCAAACUUCAAUGCAAAAGCAUUAUUGAGAGAAGACAUCCAAAGUCGUUUUGGAUCUUUAACCCCGCUCUCCAUUUCAACACAAGAAGAUGGGUAUUACGAAAGGAAGCAGCAACACUCUGAGAGACAAUUUCUGAACGUACAUGAACUGGUCAGCACAAUAAAUACCGGCUAUCACAAUCUUCAAAGCAUUUGCCUUUCGGCUGAGGAUGAACUUUGGACGAGCGGAAGAGUAAGUGAUGUGAAAUGCUUCAACACCCAAGGCUUUCUUUUGAAAACUGUUAGAACAAUUUCAGGAGAGAUGCCAAAUGAUAUUGCACUCACAAGCCAUGGAGAUUUAUUAUACACUGAUUGGAAAUCAAUGAGUGUGAAUGAAGUAAAGAAGGGACAGAUAGAGGAGGUGAUCAGGAUGCAUGGAUGGACACCUGUCAAUCUCUGUGUCACCGCCUCUGGUGAUCUCCUGGUGGCAGCAUACAGUGACGAUCAAACUCAGUCUAAGAUUGUUCGUUAUAUCAACUCCACAGAGAAACAGACACUGCAAUUUGAUGAUGACGGAAAACCAUUAUUUUCAGGAAACAAUUUUAUCAAAUACAUUGCUGAAAAUGGAAAUAUGGAUAUUUGUGUGGCCGACAAUGGCGCCCCUGCAGUAGUGGUGAUCAAUCAGGAUGGAAAACUACGAUUUCGAUAUGACGGGCAUUGUACAACUACCAACGAAGGAUUUCAUCCAUUCGGCAUCACGACAGACAGUCGCAAACACAUUCUGAUUGCAGACAGUAAUAAUCACUGCAUUCAUAUCCUAAAUGAAGAUGGCCAGUUCCAAGUUUUUAUCAGUAUUGAUCUAUGCGACCCUUGGGGAUUAUGUGUAGACAAAAAUGACCAUCUACAUGUGGCUGAGUUAAUCUCAGGGAAUGUCAAAAAAAUUAGAUAUUUGAAAUCAUCAAGUGGGUAUCCAUAAUAGAAUAUCGAGUAUGUUUUUCAAAAUUGAAUACCCAUAUUUCACUAUUCUGUGAUUUCGUCAUCAUUAAUAUCGGGCCUAAAACGUUACAUCUGAAUAUAAGUAAUGAUAGAUGCCUUACAUGUCUCUUUGAUAACAAUCAAUGACGUCAGAAAGAAGAAUUUCUCAAAACGUGCAGCAAUUUACCACGUCAACAUAAAUAAAUUAGAAAUCUAUUGUUUUGUCUGUGUUUUUGGAAAAAGAAUGUGUCUUUUGAUUUCAAAAUGUAAUAUCUUUUCUCAUAAAAUGGAAUGGAGAACAACCUAGAAUGCAUUAUACCUGUUUCUACUAAGCAAGAUGUCUCUUUGCUAAAUAAAUAGUCCAACUUGG